AUGCCCAAGCCGAACGAGUCUGUCCUAUUUCACGAGAAGAAACCUAUCAAGACGCCCUCAGGCACACUCCCAAACGGCACACCAUCCAAACCCAGUCCUGCUGCACCAUCAUCCCCUCGCAAAGCUCAUCUCCCUCGCGCUUCGCCACUUCCAGGCACCGAGGAUAGCGCAGCACUUCCCGACGGACCGUUCAAGGAGUACAAGUUCAUGUCCUCCGCGUCAAACGGCUGGAAAUACGACGUCAUGAAGUUUGAUUCGGCGCCACGGCACGGACCAGCGCAAGCCCGGACGCAACUACUAUACAAUGAUACGCACUGCUGGGAUCCGCAGACGCCUGAGGCCAUCGGCGAGCUCCCUUUCAAGCGACAACUGGACGUUCCAAGUAGAAUGGUGCCCUGGCAACACAAAUCUCCUUGCAACGGCUCCCUGUCAUACAAUCGAAUUUACCUCAAUCUCGUUAACCCCGGCAGCAAAGCGUUUAAUUGUAUACUGGACGCCAACACGGUGCAUAGCAACUAUCCCUCCGCCGUCGGUUUGCGCCCUCGGUUUGCGCCCUCGGUUUGCGCCUUCGGUUUGCAUUCUGGGUUACGCCCUUAG